GCCGGUUGGCCCCGCCCGUCCCUCAGGCGCGGAGCGGACGGUGAGGCGGGAGCUGAGCGGGAGAUCGUGCGCGGUCGUGCGCCGGCGACAGCAGUGACAAGGCGGUGGUGCUGUCACUUGUACUGCAUGGACUCUUGCUCAGUAGCAUGGGAGAAGAGGAAGGACUGCAUCAGACACCAUUCCUGGACACAAUGUUUGUGCGAGGAUUAAAGAGAAAAUGUUUUGAUGGUGAAGAAGAUAUUGAAGGCACUCUGGCUGGUAUUAAGGCUAUUCCUUCCUACAAUCUGCAGCGGCAGUCGCUCCUGGACAUGUCCUUGGUUAAACUUCAGCUGUGUCACAUGCUGGUGGAACCCAACCUUUGUCGUUCGGUGCUCAUCGCCAACACGGUACGGCAGAUCCAGGAGGAGAUGACUCAAGAUGGGACUUGGCAGAUGAUAAAUACACAGAGCACAGGGCAGGCAUCCCUGGAUCGUCUCGUUUCCACAGAUAUCCUCUGUCGUUCAUCUAGGGAUCACCAAGCUGAGGGAAAGCAUGGGCCAGCCUAUGGUGCCUUCAAUAAAGACUUUGAGAGUGACCAGGCACAAGAUAAUUCAGAAACUAUGUCAACAGCCCCUGCAGUGCAAACACCAAGAAACCUGCAGAGCAGUGUGUGGGAAAUGGAGAGUCCACAAGAAAAUAAAGGAAACUUUCAAAAAUCUUUAGAUCAAAUAUUUGAGACACUGGAGAAUAAAAGUCCUAAUACUGUUGAAGAUCUGUUUUCAGAAGUUGACAAUUCUUAUUAUGAUCUUGAUACUAUGUUAACUGGCAUGAUGAGCAACACAAAAAUGGGACACUGUGAUAGUCUUGAAACAUUUUCUUCUCCAACAAAUACAGCUUCUAACUCUAAUUGUAAAUCUGAUCUUAAUGACCUUGAUCAUAUUGUGGAAAUCCUUGUUGAAUCCUGAAGCUCCUUGUGUGGAGGUAAAGAUCUGUUAAUGGGAAGAAAAGACUGGAGAGAGCAAUUUCCACAGUUAGUUCUAUCAAAUCUGCACGAGUAUUUUACAAAUAUCUAUAUAUUAUAUAGAUACAUAUAUUAAGAAGCACUUCAUAUUGCAAAAUAGUGUUAACUCUUACAGUUGACCUGCAACUUGUAGUGUAAUAAUCUGAUUUAUUGUCCACUGAACUGUAAGUACAUAUGGUAAAUGUUUCUAUAUUGGGGGUCAAAGGCUCUUGAAAUUGGGUUCCUUUUACCAAUUUGUUUUAGCCUUUGAUGGAGGAUAUCCUCUGGGAGAGGGAUUCUCUUAUCUUCUUACACUUCUCCCAUAAAAAUGGUAAUAAACAGAAGAGACAAGAAGUUGGAUAACUGGUUUCCUGUUCCCUCCAGUUUCCAUUUUGUUACAUGGCAAAACUCCUACCACACCUGCUGCUUCUGUUUUAAGUCCCUACAUGGCUCUUAAAGAGCAGUAUGCAAUAGUUCUUGUUAUCCUUGCUAGCUGCUUCUGGGUUUUGCUAGAAUUUUUACUUCAAAAAUAGUUUUAAAGUGUUUAUUGGUGUUUAGAUUUUUCCAGGUAUUUUCCUAAAAUAUAUUUUUUACUACAGAUGUUGUGUCAGCUGCUAACUUAGUAACUUUUGAUCAUAUCUGCAGUUGAUGUAUUUUUUGCAAGAUUUUCAAAAAGGGAUGUUUUUUUACCAUGAGCUACCCAAUGUAGUUCAGUAAAGUGUAUGUUAAUGUAAAUAUGCAGUUUUAUACUUUGCAUUAAAAUGUAAGAGCUGUUUUCAUGAUUCUGUUUUAUAGAGUAGUACUUUACUAAAUUGAGAAUUGUACAUCUAUGCUUUUCAUACUCCACAUAUUUGAGUAUCAUUAUAGGAAGAUCUUUGAUCUAGCUAGACAAAAUUACAUUUAAUUCAUUUCAGACCAUACUUUUUUGUUAACUACAAACCUAAAUGAUGCAGGUUUUUAUUUAUGUGUAUUUAUAUGUAAAUGUCAUCAAGUGAAUUGUUUAUCAUUGAAGUCUACCAUCAAAUAUUUGUUUAUAUGGGAUAACUACCUUGCACUAAUUACUACAAAAAGCGUUAUUAGCGGCCUUUUAAUCUCACUGGUUGA